AUGAGACCACAUGCGUAUAACGGACCGAAAACCGGGCCGGGUGAAGCAGGGAAUUCAAGAAGGGGUGCAGAGCCAUAUGCAGAUCCACACGGUCAUGCUUCGCCUGCAGUGAGGCGACUUCAGCGUGUACUGCGUUUAUCACGCCCGUAUAUCCUAGCGGCAGAACAGGCAGAACGAGCUGACCCAGACGAACCGAACGAUGAGGCGGCCCAACGAGAGCAAGCUGAACGAGCGCUAGCUGAACAAGAGACAGCUGAACAAGGGCUAGUGGAACAAGUGCAAGCAGUGCAAACGGGUCAAGAUGGACAGCAAGUUGACCAAGCAAUGCAACAACUGGUUGAAGAGAGGCAUGCCAUCAGCCCGGAAGAAGAGCAAGAAACAGCUGUAACGGCAGAGGAAGGACAGGCUGAACAGCCCGAGACACAGCCUACUGCACCACAGGUUAAGGAUGAAGCAAGAGAACCGGAUCAAGCAGGCCGAUCGAGACGAGGGCAAGGAAGAAGGCGAGGGCGCGGCCGAAGGGCAGCACCUGGAUCCGGAUCCGGACGUGGGCAAGCUACAGAGCAGCGCCCGGAAGUAAUUCGGACACGAGAGAGAGGAGUAGGGCGAGGUCGAGCUGCUGAACAACGACCUGAAGCUAAUAGAGCCCGAGGAACGGGGCGACGGCGCCCACGAGGACGAGAACGAGGACAGGGGCAGGGGCAAGGUGCAAUCCCAGAGCUAGAGCAAAGGCUGGAACAACAGCCAUUGGGAGAGCUGAAUUCUGAGCCGUUGCUGGUACAACCUGUUGUCAAUCCGGAACCCCAAUUCGAAGCCCGGGUUGAGACAGAAGCACAGGUCGAGAUAGAAGCACGGGUAGUUACACCCGGACAGCCUCAGGCACGAGUUGGUGAACAGUUGGUACGUGAGCAGGUGAUUCAACAGGAGCUCACGGACAUCCUGGCACAACAAGAGAGUCAACCAGAAUUGCCACCUGUACCGGCGCCUGUACCCGCACCGGCGGAGACAAUACCGCCCCAGCUAAUGCAUCUACGACACCUACCGGCUCCCGAGGUACGGCCCCAUAUGGCACACUCCCAGAGGGUACAAGCACUACUUCAGGAGCAGCAACAAGACCUUCUCCGCCAGCAACAUGCGCGGCAAGCAAGGGAGGAAGAGCUGGCUCAAUGGCCAGAGAUUGCGAGUCAUCGGGAAAGUUUGCAACGGGUGCAGGUGACUUUGCGUACGAGGGAGCUGCAGAUGAUAGGUGAGGCUCGAGAGGGACAGCCGGAACCGGAGAUUCGAAGGGUGGAGUUGGCAGUGCAUCAGGGCCAGGUCCGAGAAGUAGAGGAGUUGCAGGAACAGAUGCAAUCAAUGCAAGCACAGCAGCAACAGUUGCUUGAGAUGAGAUUACAGGAGGCGAUGAACGAACCGCUUGAGGAUCCGCAGCAACGACAACACCAAGAAGAAGAUGCCGGACAGCCUAAUUUUCGGGAGACGUCUGUUGAAGGACAACAACAGCUGCAACCACAGCUUCCGGAGUCGAAUAGAAUAGAGUCUAUACCGCAACCGAUAUACGAUGGUAUGCAGCCUAAUGGGAUGGCGUUUCCGAGAACUGAGUUUGCGAGAAGGUCGGUGUCACUGCUAGUUAUACCACUGGAUGUACGGCAAGAAUUAAUUCAAGCUAGCCCUGAAGACGAGGAUGGUGAAUAUGAUGGCGGUGUUGCACUUGGACAGGAGAAUAUGGACUGGAAUGGCAACGACAAUCGCUAUGGAAAUGGCGACGGCAAUGGCAAUGGCUAUGUGAAUGGCAACACCAAUGGCUAUGUGAAUGGCAACGGCAAUGAUUAUGGGAAUGGUUAUGGCAAUGGCUACAGCAACGGCUAUGUGAAUGGAAAUGCAAACGGGGAUGCGAAUGGGAGCGAAGAGAUGAGUGAGACCGAGGUUAGGUUUGCAAUUGAAGAAGCGGUACAGCUGCGGACGUGGGCGCAGCUCGAGGAGAUCCAACAAGACCACACGAGAAGAGAAUUCCAGGGUAGCAACGGUAUGGAUGCCGCAGCCGCAUCCAGACUACUAAGUCGGUGGUCGGGCCGACGCGUCUACCCGACGACUCAGUUUCCAGCCGUGCCAGAGUACCAUCCGCACUAUCGAAACGAGGGCUUCUACCCCGUGAGCCGAGGGGUAUCGGAGGCUCUCUCGGACGUGCGAGCGGCACGUAUGGAGGAAGGCGAGCACAUCGUCGACGAGGAGGAGUUCGAGUACUUCAAUUUGGGCUCGGGCCGGAGCGAGCAACUGGUGCAUGACGGGCCAGCUGGGGACCAGGAUGAGUUGACAGAAGACAACCUGCAGGUUGGGAUGGUGCUUAUAGCGCAGACCACGCCGGCGGAGUAUGAGCACUGGAAGACCCGUCGGGAUACCCAGGCUACUUGGGCGGAGGUGAAGCUUGGAGAGGAGAUGGCUAGGCUGAGGGUCCGGAUGGAGAGGUGGGAGGCGACGGUGAGGUGGAUGUGGCAGAUGGCGGAGGUGUGGGAGCGAGACGGCGGGUUUGAGAAAAUAGUUGAGUUUGAUGCUGAUGUUUUGGAAGCGAUGAGAUUGGAUGGGGAGGUGAGUGAUGACGACGAGCUAGUUGGGUUCAUGGACGAUUUGGAUGUGAGUGUUACUACGACGGACUAUGAUGCUGUAUAUUGUUAA